AUGGACAGCGGAGAUGUACUUGGCAACGAUGGACGUAAAGCUUUGAACGCUUGUGUUAAGGUUCAGACCUGUAGUAUUGAAAAACUUCAAGAAUACGAUAGAAAGACUGCUCUUGGACGAUUGAGGGGUUGUUACGGAGGUGUUUUUCCACGCGGAUUUGAAUCGUGGCUUCUAUUUGACCCACUCAAGAUCUAUGAUGUUCGUAAUGGACAUAAUAUUUCGGAGAUAAAAGGAUAUUACAUCAGCGUAAUUCAUCAAGCCCUUCUUCAUUUUGACAAGAUGAAGUACGUCGAAAAAUAUCUUAACAAGGAGAACCCAGGAAGAGAAAAUUCUGUUGCAACUAUCGAAAAACGAAGAGCUAAUGUCUCCAGAGAGAUUGAGGAAGCCGAAGUUAACCCUGAUGGACAACGCAAGUAUUCUUGGAUUAUAGCGCAGCGAAGAGUUAGGGAUUGCUUCGCUGGAAACUUUGCCGGUGAUGUGGGGCUACUGAAACACAAGGUUGGAGAGAGGUACUCUAUCAAUGACAUUUUUAACGCCGUCAGAGCGAUUGAUAACGAAGGGCUACUACUCAAAUAUCCAGAAGAUAAAGGGGAUGGAUCGAAAGAAUUAAAGAAUGCAAUCGAGGCAAACUGGGAGGAACUUACGAGAGAGUACCAGGAUGCCAAAGAAAACCCUUGUAGGCAACGUAAAUAUUCCCGCAGUGAUGCUGAACGUCGGGUAAGAGACUGUUUUGCUGGUACUCUAAGAGAAGAUACUGAUAUCUUUCCUAAAAUACGAGACAGCAAAAAGGCCACUUUCAAUAUUUUUGACAUAAAGUCUGCUAUUGAUAAUUUUGAUGAGAAAAAACUGCUUGACAAAUACCCAAAACCGGGACAAGGCGAAGACGAAAAGAGGAAAAACGUUGAUGAUCAAAGAGCUGGCAUUCUGACGGAAUAUGAAGAAACCAUCAAAUUGGUAACGAUGAGCUAUGGAACUGGGUUUCUCAUCGGCAAUGGUUUGACUAUUACUAAUGAACACGUGAUCCGAAGAUAUCUUAAUGAUAAAGAGAGGUACGGACUCUUCGUUUCUAAUGAAAUUAUUCACUGCCUGCCCACUGAAGUUGUUUUUGUUGAUGAUAAAAAUGAUUUAGCUUUACUAAACUGCCCCAAUCUUAACUUGAAUGACACUGAAAUUCGCUCAUUUAAUUUGUGUGGUGUAGACUUACUAAUAGGUCAGUCAGUUUUUUGUUUUGGCUACCCACCUACCCAUAUGGGAGAAACAGCACUUUUUGUGGAGGGAAAGGUGGCUGGGUACAAGAAAGAACUCUAUAAAGAGCCACUGGUGACAUUAAAUUGUUCACUCAGGCCUGGUUGCUCAGGUGGUCCAGUUAUGCGUAGGAUCAACCGCCAGAUAGUGGUUCUCGGUGUCGUCAAAGAAAUACACAAACAAGACAUUUUUGAAGAAAAUGAAAGAAAUUUCAUGGAAAUUAUGAAUAUGCAGGCAAAUAAUACUUUCCUCCAAAUGGUUCUGAAAUUGAUAACACCAUUGAUAAAACUUGUAUUUAAACUGCAUUAUGCCUUGACUUCAACACAUUCACCUUUUAACUUUAUCAAUGUUAUACCAGCACAAAAGGUGAAGAAACUACUACAAGACAUUGAGGUAAAGAUGGCACGUGUCCCAGCACUGUAA